GUUCUGCUGCCCCCGGUGGUGGCCUGUGUGGAGGACUCCUUCUAUAAGAUCACCUCGGAGGCUCUGCUCGUCGCCCAGCAGCUGGUCAGAGUGACGAGGCCCCCAGGACAGAGCCCCACCGCGGCGGGAUUCGACCCCAGACCGUUCGUCAGGGAGGUGUUUCCCGUCACCUUGAAGAGGCUGAAAACCACCGACAUCGACCAGGAAGUGAAGGAGAGGGCCAUUUCCUGUAUGGGUCACCUGGUGUGUCACCUGGGCGACCACUUGGGGGCGGAGCUUCAGGGUGUGCUGUUGAUCUUCCUGGAGAGGCUGAAGAAUGAGAUCACGAGACUUACAGCCGUCCGGAGCAUCACGCUCAUCUCUGCUUCACCGCUGAAGCUCGACUUGUCGUCCAUCCUCCCGGAGACUCUGUCUGUUUUGGGAUCUUUCUUGAGGAAGAACCAGCGAGUCCUGAAGCUCGCCACACUGGCCUGUCUGACCGCUCUGGUCACGCACCACGCCGCCGGAAUCAAACCCGCGGCGCUGGAGCCCGUCCUGAGCGAGCUCCCUGCUCUGGUGGACGAGAGCGACAUGCACGUGUCACAGGUGUCCGUCUCCUUGCUGACCUCCUUGUCCAGGGCCUGCUCCUCCUCCCUGGCUAAGAUCAGCUCCUCCGUGCUGCCGUGCGUCUUCAGACUGGUCCACUCUCCUCUCCUUCAGGGAGGAGCUCUGGUAGCCAUACUGGACCUCCUUCAGGCUCUGGUUCUGUCCAAAAGCAGUAACCUGGGCUACAGUCAGUUGCUGAAGUCCCUCACAGACCCGUUCCACAGCUCCCAGUCCUCCCUGAUCCACAGACAGUCGUACCAGUCUGUAGCUCGUUGUGUAGCGGCUCUGUCCUCCUCCUGCCCCUCAGAGACACCGGCCACGGUGGCCGGACUCCUGCAGGAGGUGAAGAAUCCUGGUUCUCCUGAGUCUGCUCGAGUCCUGGCUCUGUUGUGUCUGGGGGAGGUGGGGAGGAGCGGCAGCCUGGGAGGAAGUAAGGAGGUGCAGGGAGUCCUCCUGGAGGCCAUCUCCUCCACCAACGAGGAGGUGAAGACGGCGGCGUCCUGCGCGUUAGGCAGCAUGGCGGUCGGCAGCCUGAACGACUACCUGCCCUUCCUGCUGAAGGAGAUCUCCUCCCAGCCGAGGAGACAGUACCUCCUGCUGCACUCCCUCAAGGAGGUCAUCAGGUGUGUUCUCAGCGUUACCGCCUUCUUUAUCUCCUCAUGUCUUCCAUCUUGAGGAAGAUGAAAUUAGUCUGUUUAAAAGAAGUGGACGAAGUCGUCAUGUC